AUGGCAGGUUCUUCCGCGGAGCACGCUCCCGACUACAGGUCUGUCCUGAGCAUUAGUGACGAGGCAGCCAGGGUGCGGGCCCUGAACGAGCACCUGAGCACGCGUAGCUAUGUCCAGGGCUUCUCCCUGUCCCAGGCGGACGUGGACGCGUUCAGGCAGCUCUCAGGCCCUCCUGCCGACGCGCAGCUCUUCCACGUGGCUCGGUGGUUCAGGCACGUGGCCGCGAUCCUGGGCAGCCCCCGCGCCCCAGCCCCACCCUGUGGGCUCCAAGCAACAGCGGGUGGCCGGCGCACACAGCCCCCGUGGUCUCCUCCAGCCAGGUCCGAGCCGUGCCAGCUCCGCCUGUACAACAGCCUGACCCGGAGGAAGGACGUGUUUGUACCUCAAGAUGGGCGGAGGGUGACGUGGUACUGCUGUGGGCCCACCGUCUACGACGCCGCCCACAUGGGGCACGCCAGGUCCUACAUCUCCUUCGAUAUCUUGAGAAGAGUGCUGAGAGAUUACUUCAAAUUUGACGUCUUUUAUUGCAUGAACAUCACAGACAUUGAUGAUAAGAUCAUCAAGAGGGCCCGGCAGAACUACUUGUUUGAGCAGUACCGGGAGAAGCAGCCCCAGGCAGUGCAGCUCCUGGAGGACGUGCGCACCGCCCUGCAGCCGUUUUCAGCAAAGUUACACGAGACCUCGGAUCCCGACAAGAGGCAGAUGCUGGAGCGCCUGGAGCGCGCGGUGAGGCUGGCGGCGGAGCCGCUGGAGGAGCCGGCGCGGCGCGGCCUGACGGGGGAGGAGCUGGACGGCCGCGUGCAGGUGUUGUUGGAAGAAGCAAAGGAUCUGCUUUCCGACUGGCUGGAUUCCAUGCAUGGCAGUGAAGUGAGCGACAAUUCUAUUUUCUCCAAACUGCCCAAGUUCUGGGAAGCGGAGUUCCACAAAGACAUGGAAGCCCUGAACGUCCUCCCUCCUGAUGUCCUAACCCGCGUUAGUGAGUACGUGCCGGAGAUCGUGGACUUCGUCCGGAAGAUUGUGGACAACGGUUAUGGCUACGUUUCAAAUGGGUCCGUCUACUUUGACACGGUGAAGUUUGCCAACAGUGAGGGACACUGCUACGGGAAGCUGGUGCCCGAGGCCGUCGGGGAUCAGAAAGCCCUGCAGGAGGGGGAAGGCGACCUGAGCAUCUCGGCCGAGCGCCUGAGUGAGAAGCGGUCCCCCAGCGACUUCGCCCUCUGGAAGGCCUCCAAGCCUGGGGAGCCAUCCUGGCCGUGCCCCUGGGGAAAGGGGCGUCCAGGGUGGCACAUCGAGUGCUCGGCCAUGGCAGGCACCCUCCUCGGAGCCUCAAUGGACCUUCACGGAGGGGGCUUCGACCUCCGCUUCCCCCACCACGACAAUGAGCUGGCGCAGUCGGAGGCCUACUUUGCGAACGACUGCUGGGUCAGAUACUUCCUGCACACGGGCCACCUGACCAUCGCCGGCUGCAAGAUGUCCAAGUCACUCAAGAACUUCAUCACCGUUAAAGACGCACUGAAGAGGCACUCAGCCCGGCAGCUGCGCCUGGCCUUCCUCAUGCACUCGUGGAAGGACGCGCUGGACUACUCGGCCAACACCAUGGAGUCGGCGCUGCAGUACGAGAAGCUCCUGAACGAGUUUUUCUUAAACGUGAAAGACCUCCUCCGAGCCCCCGUCGAGGUAGCCGGUCAGUUUGAGAAGUGGGAAGACAAGGAAACAGAGCUGAACAAGAGCUUUUAUGACAAGAAGGCUGCGGUUCAUGAGGCGCUCUGUGAUAACGUCGACACGCGCACCGCCCUGGAGGAGAUGCGGGCUCUGGUCGGCCAGUGCAACCACUACAUGGCCGCGCGGAAGGCCGCGAGGAGGAGGCCCAGCCGCACCCUGCUGGAGAGCAUCGCCCGGUACCUCACGCACAUGCUGAAGAUCUUCGGGGCCAUAGAAGAGGAAAGCUCCCUGGGUUUCCCCGUCGGAGGACCUGGAACCAGCCUCAAUCUCGAGCCCACAGUCAUGCCGUACCUGCAGGUGUUGUCGGAGUUCCGGGAAGGAGUGCGAAGGGUCGCCCGUGAGCACAGAGUCCCCGAGGUCCUGCAGCUCAGUGAUGCCUUGCGGGACGACAUCCUGCCUGAGCUGGGAGUGCGGUUUGAAGACCAUGAAGGACUGCCCACUGUGGUCAAGUUGGUGGACAGAGAUACCUUACUGAGAGAGAGAGAAGAGAAGAAAAGGGCUGAAGAAGAAAAGAGAAGGAAGAAAGAGGAGGCCGCCAGGAAGAGACAAGAGCAGGAAGCGGCAAGGCUGGCCAAGAUGAAGGUUCCGCCCAGCGAGAUGUUCUUGUCAGAAAGCGACAAGUAUUCCAAGUUCGAUGAAAACGGUCUGCCUACACACGACACGGAAGGCAGAGAGCUGAGCAGAGGGCAGGCCAAGAAGCUGAAGAAGCUCCUCGAGGCCCAGGAAAAGCUGCACAGGGAGUAUCUGCAGCUGGUUCAGAACGGAAGCGUCCCGUGA